AUGAGUUCAUUGCCAAAUGAGAUGAAUGUAUUCCGAGCGAAGACGUGCUGGGUGAAGUUCAGGAAGGAGGCGACAUUCGCGCUCUACACUCCCUUCAUCGUCUCUUUGGCGUCGGGAAAUCUCAAUUCCGAGACGUUCAAACAGUGCAUCGCACAGUCCAUUCAUUUCCUCAAGCCAUUUGCUCAAGCGUUUAAGUUAGCAGAAAGAUACGCAGAGGAUGAUGAUGCAAAGCAUGGGAUUAAUGAGUUGAGGAAGACUGCAUUAAAAAAGCUCAACAUGCAUGAUUAUUUUGUCGAGGAAUGGGACUCUGAUGUUGACAAAGAUACUCCUCCGAAUCCAGCGACUUCUAAGUGCACAGAUUUCUUGUUGGCUACAGCGUCGGGAAAGAUUGAUGGGAUGAAAGCUAUACUAUCAACUCCUUUUGAGAAAACCAGGUUGUCCGGUUAUAUCCUAGGUGCUAUGACAUCUUGCAUAAGGCUUUAUGCCUACAUUGGUAAGGAGCUGCAGGGAGUUGUUGAUCAUGAAAGUUAUCAUCGCUACAGAAAGUUUAAGAAUUACUCCUCAGGCAGUUUCCAGGAUUUUUCUGUGCAAGCAGAGGACUUGCUAGACAUGUUAAGUGUCUCUUUUACUCUGGAUGAGCUUGACAUCGUUGAAAGACUUUAUUCUCGAGGAAUUAAACAUGAGAUAAACUUUUUCUUAGCUCAGCCACUCACUCAGAAAGUUGUUGUACCCCUCUCAGGAGAGCAUAACCGUGAUAAACGCCAACUGAUGAUAUUUUCAGAUUUUGAUUUGACAUGCACUUUUGCUGAUUCAUCUGCCGUCUUGGCAGAACUUGCAAUACUAACAGCUCGAAAAUCUGAUCAAAGCCAAACAGAAAAUCAAAUUGCCAGUCAUUCGGAUAACCUAAAAAAACUUUGGAAACUAAUCUCCGAGAAAUACACAGAUGGCUAUAACCAGUGUAUAAAGAACAUGUUAGCCACUGAAAAAGCGGAGAAGUUGAACUAUGAAGGUCUGCGAAAAGCACUUGAGCAACUUUCAGAUUUUGAGAAAGAAGCAAAUUUUAGGGUGUCUAAAUGUCGUGUGCUUAAAGGUCUUAAACUGGAAAACAUACAACGAGCUGGGGAGCUUUGGACUCUCCAAGACGGUUGUCUGAAUUUUUUCCAAACUAUAAAAAACAAGGAAAAUCUGAAUGCAGAUGUUUAUAUGCUCUCCUAUUGUUGGUGUGGUUACCUCAUUAGAUCUGUCCUUUCAAAAGGGGGUUUAAAUGACCUAAAGGUGGAUGCGAACGAGUUAGAAUUUGAAGCAUCUUUGUCAACUGGUGUAAUUGUGGAGAAGAUGCAGUCCCCCUUUGACAAGGUUCAAGCUUUUGGCAAAAUCCUGGAGAGCUGCAGGGAAGGGAAUGAUAAGAAGAAACCACUGACUGUUUACAUCGGACAUGCAUUAGGGGACUUGCUUUGUUUGCUCGAAGCAGAUGUAGGCAUCGUGGUAGGUUCAAGCCCGGGUCUGAGAAGUGUGGGGGAGCAUUUUGGCGUCCGAUUUAUUCCACUCUUUAAUGGUGUGAUUGAUAAGCAGAAGGAGUUUGGCGAGGUCGAGGAAGCAGACACUAGUUCCUCUUCUACUUGGAAAGGGUUGUCCGGCAUUCUUUACACAGUCUCAACCUGGGCUGAGAUACAUGCUUUUGUCAUUGGCUCUUAG